UGGAGAGCGCUGGGCGGUACAGUCUUCGUUGUAGUGUCGCGAGGGUAACCGUAUACUCGUUCGUGCCCUCAGCUGUGAUUCCGUAGUUGCGUAUUUUAUUACGCUCCUUUUCUGUGACGUGUGUUUGUUUAUAUUCCCAAGCUGUGGUGCGAAAUGGAGCCUCCUGGCGGGAGAGAUUCCCGUUUUCAAUUAGGCUACAGUAUGAACUUACUGAGCGGAGAAUCACCUCCCGAAAUUUAUGGUGGAGGUUUGGGCCGGCCGUCCACAAGUUUGCAACAACUUUCACCUCGGCACACCAUGGUGUCUAGUGCCUGUAGCACCCGGGGUGGACUUAAAUCGGACGGGUGCUACGAUGAUCGCGGAAUUACUCCUCAACAUACUAUGGGGUUCGAUUCUAGCGGUGUAAACGACAUGCAUGACGAGCCCUACAGUUCGCUUCAGUCGAAAAAAUCUCCGCCCAGUAAUGGCAAAAAGACCAAAGGACGCGUUAAGAUCAAGAUGGAGUAUAUCGAAAACAAACUACGGCGAUACACCACAUUUUCCAAGCGAAAAACUGGCAUCAUGAAGAAGGCUUAUGAACUGUCGACCCUAACUGGUACACAAGUGAUGCUGCUUGUUGCCUCUGAAACGGGUCACGUGUACACUUUUGCUACGAGGAAGUUACAACCUAUGAUCACGUCGGAGGCCGGAAAGGCUCUCAUCCAAACGUGCCUUAACUCUCCCGAUCCACCAGCUGGAUCUGUAGGCGACCAACGCAUGUCCGCCACUGGUUUCGAGGAAACUGAACUGACAUACAACAUAUCCGACGAGGAUUCUAAAAUUAAUAUUGAAGAUUUUAGCGAAUUCGAAGACUGUGACGACGACAAUUUCGAAGACGAAGAUGAACCGCCUAGAAAAGUAGUGGUUUCGUCCAAACGCGUGUUUAAGCCAUCACAAACCAACACCAGCUCGCAGGACUCUCAGGGUUCGUCAGAUUCUUCAGCUUCUGAUAUCAGGAAGCCAACGAAAAAGCAUAAAGCGCCUCACAAAGUGCCUAAAGAAGAUCCCGAAAUUAUAAGUCGCCUUAAUCAAAUGAACAACGCACUGAUUCAGUCGAAUAAGGCGAAGGCUACUUCUACAGUUCCGACAAGCGUGAGCACAGUACUUGGCGUACAGAAUAAUACUUCGAUAGUCUCCACUGGUUCUACUGCACUUUCAAUACAACGGGCAUCAUUAGUUACUACUACGAAACCAUCUUAUAUUGCUGCAAAGUUACCGGAAACUGUAAAAAGUGUACCAACUUUACUUGUGAAAACCAACAACGGGAUAGCAUUUUCCAGUAUUCCCGACGGCAUGAUUGUUAGAGUGAUUCAGGGUGCUCAAUCGAACUUGGUAGCGCUGCCAGUCAAUUCGGUUCUCGCUAACGGAGUUACAAUUAUAAAAACUCCUGAAGGGCGGUAGGAAAGUUGAACAAUCAUUGUUUUUACAGAUUAACCCAAGUUACAGAAGCAAAUUACGAAGUUAGAUACUUUCGUGCGCUUCAAGCGUCCAUUACAUGGACAGAGAACGAGCCAAAAGGAUUCUGCAAAUUGAUCGUGGAGAAAACAUGUUUGUCUUCCAAGGCAAAGUCAGCAUUAUUAGAGGAAAGGCAGCAAAUAUGGGAUACCCAUUUUUUUUUGUCUUAUAAAAAAAUUAGUGACUGUUGGGUACAUUCGGUUUUGAUUAUUCAAUACAACGAUAGCUACAUUAGUUAGUCACAACCUGUGAUAAUUUCACAUUUAUUAAACAAACUAGAAAUUGAAGAUUUGGGAAAAAUAGUGAAAAUAUGCAUUUGUGUGUCAGUUUGAAAUUGGCCCUAAAUAUGGGCUACCCCCAAAAACGUGUGAAAAAUAUUCGAUGUGAAGUGGUAAUCAAUCUUAUUGAUACUGAUAAGUUCUAUCUAAAAUUAAUAAUUUAUUAAAUAACUCAUAACUAUAUUGUAAUUUUACAUUUAGUACUUGCAAAAAUCUCACACCCACAAUCUUGUUUUUCGGCCCCAGCGCACUCGUUGUGGGCCCACAAAUUGCAUAUCAGGCACUUGACCCAUAUUUCACCGUAGUUAUUCUCUAACAAAGGGACUUUGCAAAACAUACAAGUUACAUCAUCUGUGUUUUGCAUAGUCUAGAAGUCAGAAAACUCAUUGUAAUCGCUAUCAUCGUCUGCAGGCUUAAAAUUUUCCUCAUCGUCGCUGCUAGAACUAGAAGUAGGGUUUCGAUUCUAUUUCUUUUGACUGAUAGAUACUCUCAAAUUGUGAUACUUUGUGGCUUGGAGGACCUGCUUUUGUUUUCCUUUUUCUCUCUUUUCCCUUUUCUUUUCUUCUUUCGUUUUUCCUUAUUUUGGGCUUUAUUGAGAGAUUCCACAAACUCAUGUUUGUAGGGAGAAUAGGUUACCACUGAGCACUUACUUGGCUUACUCCCACGACUGGAGGUUUUUUUCUGCAAACAAGGCACAUGAGAGACAUGAUAGCAAUGAUUGUCGUAUAGAUCCAGAUGUGGAAGGAGCUGAUGGGCUGCAAUUCCCAAAUAACUUUGUUUUAAAGGCUGGUUUAUCUUGGUGUUGUGAGAGCCCAACUUUGGAGACUUUCUUCGCCUGAGUUUACUUCCCUGGCAGGUGCACAAGAUCCUUUAGAAGGCGUGUUGAUCGAAUGAUAAAAUUAUCGUAUCUGGGAAUCACAGAAUUUUCAGACUGAUUUUAAUUGAUUGCGCUGGGAGACCGCAGCAUCUCAUUCUUUUCAUUUUCAGGUUGAUUUCAAUUGGUAGCGCUUGGAGCCAUCAGCAUCUCAUCCUAUUCAUCAGUAGUGUCACUAGGUAUGCAGCUCGAUUUUUUUCCCGCUUCAAUCUCAGCAGCAAUGAAAUCGGAAUCCGAAAAUAUAUUUUUAGUUAAAUGCCUGUUAAAUUAUGCCUGUAGUUCGGAAUCCAUUAACGGCAAGAAGCUCAGAGACACCGGAUUCACGUGGCGUAUUACUUACAUCAUUAGCUCUAGCCAAUUCUAUGAUCUCUAUAUUACGUGUAUGGCUGUAAUGGCCAUCCAAAAUCAGCAGGACUGGUGACGUUUUACUGUGUCAAUUAAAUUUUUGGAUCCAUUCUGCAAAAAUAUUACUUCAUCCAUCCACUGGGAUGAACUGCCAUAAUGGAACCUGGGAGAGCUCCUUGCAUCAAUUGUUGAUUCAUGUUUUGCGGGGAAAUAUCAUCAAUUGGUGAGAUGAAUUGGCCAGCAGCGCUCAUCGAUGCUAUAAGAAUUAUUAAGGAUCUUCUUCCAGCGGAAGUUAUUGAUGCUAUUCGUGGAUGCCCUUUUUGUACAAAAACUUGUGCAAUCUUGUUCCGUACAACCAUUAGACCUGUCUCAUCAACAUUGAAGAUGCGUUCAGGGGGAUAAAACGUCUUGUUGUGUUCUUCUAGAUCAUUUUCCUAGUUGAAGUCUCUUCUGCGAGCAAAUGACGUUCCCGUUGGUCGUUGUACUGAUAGCUCUUGAUGGCUCUGCCAAACAUGUUGCCUCCAAACGGACGCCUUACCUCCUUACGUCUUUUCUUGUUAAUCCACGAAAUUUAGCUUCCAUCUCCAAAGUAUAACGAACUAACUCGUGUUUUAAGUAAUUCCCUAAGAUAGCUUUACUAGUUUUGUUUGGGCUGCUUUAAUUGGUUCUAGCUCUAUUUUUCCAGCAGAACGUUGCAAUGUCGAACGUGGGACAUUAAAUAUUUUUGAAGCUGUGAGGGUACCCAUCUCAUGCUGCCUCCCGGGUGUUAUAGCGCGUUCCACGUCCCCCUCGUCUCAUAUUUUUAUUUUUUUCUUUAUUUGAUAAAAAAUUAUUUAUUUUAUUGAAAUUUUCUUUUUUUUUAUUUGACUUUGUACCGAUGUUUGUUCGACAUUUUAACAAAAUAUACUUUAGGUUAGUUCUAAACAUGGACCACCAGGCCAUAAUACAAACACAGGGGUAGCCCAUAUUGCCAAAAUGGUUUAAAAAAAAUGGGACGAAAACUAAUGCUUGAUAUGUCGCUUUAAGCUGGUGCAGAAAUGGUUUGGAAAUUAUUCUUAAUUUUCUGGUAAUGACAUUUAUAAACUAACCGGAAAAAGUUGUUUGACUUUGAAACCGACAAAAACUGAAAAUAAACUGUCACACGUCUACCGCUGUAGUGUCAUCUCUAUCGUGGAAUAUUAACUACUCCAGUUACAGUUUGUGACAGUCGGAUGCAGAAAACUGCAUCGGACAACUGAGAAACCCACCUAGCUCAUAUUACAAGGCUAGUCCAUAUUUGCUUCCUUUCCUAGUGCUCGUAUUCGCUUAUACUCAGAAAGUGUGAAUACUAAGAGGUAUCCUAGGAACAUCAAAAUGGUUGGUAGAUCAUAUAUAUUUAAAAAAAAAAAAUUUCUACAGAUAGAAAAGCAUACAAAAUUAUAGUGGAUACCAAGCCACUAGAAUAAAAUGUAUGAUCCUAACCUCCAAUGAAACCUGAGUCAAUUACUCAAAAAAAACAAUAAUUUAUAUUGAAAAAGUUUAUAUUAAACUGAACUAUAGAUAAGCAAUCAA